CAUUACUCGAGCAAACACUGGACUACGGCACCGACUACACAGCUGCACAAGAUGUCUGCUGAGCUCUACUGUAUGGGUGGACCAGGUGGGAAUAAUGCAAGUCUGCAAAGCACCACAGUGGGGGGCAGCAAACCUUUACACCGCUUCAUUAAGGGGCAACCGAAGAUUAUUGGCAUCAUUGUGCUGGUCUUGGGCGCCUCCUUUUUUAUCCUUUCCAUUGCAAUAGUGGGAGACAGCGCUGGUCAACCUAUAUGGACAGCCAUCCCGCCUGGGUUCUUGCUGGGAACACUGUUCAUGAUAUGUGGGAUUCUGUAUAUUGUGACAGAGCACAACCCGACCAAGAAAACAGUCACCAUAUCGUUGGCUCUGAGUGUUGUGACAAUACUUGGGGUAUUUUGGACUAUUUUGCACAUCCUGCCCGAAUUAAUACACAGCCACUACGUCAGGCACUAUGACUUUCCUGAAGACGAUACAACAGAGAAUGAUGAUGUAGCAUGGACAUCAUCUCAUGAGGCCAUGGGAUUGGUUGUGGAGGCGACCUUUGUAUUCUACAGUUUUGUUGGUGCAAUUAUUUUCAUUGUAAUGUCAACUCUGGCCGGUGCUGCUCUGCGUUCCACAAACAGCCAGGCCAUUGUAGUGAUGACUACUGCACCACCUGAAACUCCAGCUGAAUGACGAGGACAAGACGGAGGCCUGCAGACAAAUUGUACAGAGAGAAGAAAUAGGAAGCAUACAAAGACAGCAAAAUAUUUCUCUUAGUGGACACAACAUAAUAUUUGACUCCCUAAAUACUACCCAGUUCUCACUAGCAUGUUGUGGUCAUUGUAGACAUUGCAAUAUAGAUUGUAUAUGUAUAUGUGA